CUGUCGUUUGUGCCGAAAAAUAGUGCUUGCAAAAGGUGGAAAUACCACGAAUUUAAGAAGUCAUCUGAGACGUCGACAUCGUGCAGAUUUUUUCGAGAGCAGUUCUUCCACGACCUCUGGAGCUUUGUUUGAGGCUCAAGGUGAUUUACCACCAAAUUCAGCACUUUCACUGCGAGAAUUGUGAAUCUAAAGUGUGCAUCAAUGUUGAGUCCUAUUGCACUACUGCAUUCAUCCACCCCCUUAAAACUGACAGAAUGGAAUUGCAGCCGGGCACUAUUGGCUUUUAUGAACUUGCAUUGCACUGGGGAGCAGAUAAAGGUGAAACAAUAGUCCCUAACCCGGAUGCUGUUUGCAUACUCCUUGCUAAUGUAUAGCACUGAGCACAUGAUAUGGUAUAUAUUGUUUUUAAUCUUUAAUGUUGCCACGCAGAGUUAUGUGAGUCUAUAUAGUGUGUCACAUCGAUGAACGCAACGUUUCACUCCGACCAUGCAUUACGUCGCUUAAUUAACACAGCCAGCAAGUUCCUAAGGGUGUGUUUCUUUAAACGCGGUUAUCUAAUGCCAAGUUCUUUCACUAAUAAUGGACUGUACAUGUCACAGGCAGGGGCACUGAUAAACUGUACACUAUACAACACACAGUAUUCAUGUAACAGUCUUAUUACUAACAAAACUUUUUUUAAAGGUAUUAUUAAAAACUUAGCGAAAGAUGCGUGUACGCAUGCGCAGAGCAGAUACGACCCCAGGACCACAGCUGUUUUACGGCAGUCUCAUACCCUUGUUGUUGCCAUGGUGUCAACAGUCGUGCACACAGUCCACUGUAAAGAGCUAGUGGAGCCGUUUGGGGACAUUUGGUCAUUAAAAUAUCGUUUGUAAUGGGUUAUGCUGCGCUUGUCCCGCUGGUGUGAUAUGUCGCAAAUAACGACAGUUAUGCGGUUGGUGCAGUGAUUGGUCAGUUUGAGCCGCCAUCUUUACCGUUUUAAAAUCCCUCUUCUUAUCGACUGACCCCGUCUCCUCAAUACAGGCUGAUAAUGACUGUGGUAUAAUCGCCGUAUAGCACCGUAACCUGACUACUGGAGCGGUAUCACUCCGCUUUGUUUACAUCCUAACACCUGUGCUCGCUUCAUUUGACAUUCAUUACAAGGCACAGCUGGUGGAGCUAGCAGCUAACAGUAUGAAUGCACACCUGAGGGAUUCCCGUGAACAUUUGUUUGAACCUGAUAUGAAAACUAAAGAAGAAAUAAUUCUGAAAGAAGAGGAAGAGUCACAAGAAGAGGAAGAGUGUGAGGUGAAUACCACUGACAUUUGUAGACAUGCAAUGGUAUCAGACUUGGAACUAGACGAACUUGAAGACAGCAGGACUGAAAUAAGUAAGGUUACAAAGAAGCAGACGACAUGGGCUGUGAAUUGCUUCAUUGGCUGGCUGGAGUCCCAGGGGCUCCAGGUGGACCUGACUACAGUGGAGAAGACUGAGCUGAACGGGCUGCUGAGACACUUUUAUGGAUCAGUGCGUAACAGCAAAGGAGAGCUGUAUGGGAUCGCUAGUUACAUUGCACUGAGGGCUGGGCUCAACCGUUACUUCAAAGAGCCUCCCGUCAGCCGCCCUGUGUGCUUAAUGAGGGAUGCUGAGUUCACCUCAGCCAACAAGGUUUUCCUGGGAGUGCUCAAGAGAAUAAGGAAGUCGGGUCGAGACAUAACAUCACACCAUCAGGCGCUGUCCCCCAAAGAUAUCUGCAUCCUCAGACACUCGCGUGUGAUGGACACCAGCACUCCAAGGGGACUUCUGAACAAAGUCUGGUUUGAUAUACAGGUACAUUUUGGCCGUAGGGGGAAGCAAGCUAACAGGAAUCUAAAGCCAGAUUCAUUUGUAGUCAGAAAAGACGAGAGGGGACUGAGAUACUGCACUUUAUCCUUUGGUGAUGAGGCAAAAAUUCAUAACGAGAAGGACCGAAGCACUAUGCUUGAGAAGCCAGGCAGUGAAUUCUGUCCCAUUACUUCUCUUCUAAAGUACCUCAGCAAGCUCCCAACCAACGCAACAGCCCUUUACUUGCAGCCUAAGAAGGAGCUGACGGAUGAAAUGUGGUACAGCCACGUACCCCUAGGAGUCAAUUAUCUGGGCUCAAUGCUGGCUCGCAUGUGUAAAGAAGCCCGCACGUCCGUCAUCUAUACUAAUCACUGCAUCCGAAGCACACCCUUUCACCACCUGUGUGUCACAGGACUGGAGGGGAGAGAACUUAUUCCUGUCAGUGUGUGCAGGUCUGAAGGCUCCCUCCAAAGUCACCAGACGCCAUCCCUCGGGAGCCGUAAGCAGCGGGGCGAGAUAGUGCCAGAGAGCGAUUCAGCUGGCCCAGCAGGUUUGGAUUUAAACCACGAAGAAUUUUUUGAGGAUGUUCCGUUUCUCCACACUGCAGCAAACCAGAACUAUGUCCCAGACGCUGUGCUGCCGCCUGGAGAGCCAUGGCUCCACGGCGGCCCCUCCCGGGCGGUGCUGUCCUUGCCUUCCUGCCUGUGCCUGUGCAGGGACAUUGGGUCUGCGAUGUCUGGUUCUGGAUCUUCUGGCGAAGAGCAGAUGGGAGAGAUGAAGGUGUACGCCAAGUGUCACCUUCAGCAAGGAGUCAUGUUUGGGCCAUUUUUAGGAGAAGUGUGCCGAGGACAAAUGCCGACCAACCUCAGAUACUCCUGGGCUAUCAGGGAUGAUGCUGCAUUUGUCUACGUCGAUGCUUCUGAUGAGAACAAAUCUAACUGGAUGAGGUACGUAACGUAUACUAGCAGUGAGGAGGAACACAACCUGGUCGUCUUCCAGUUUUACCGUCGCAUAUACUACAGGGUUUCCCAGCCCAUCACGGAGGGAGCAGAGCUCAGGGUCUGGAUCGGCAAGGAUUAUGCCACCUUGCUGGGCCUGGGGAUGGGUGACAAUGUGAAAUGUGAAGUUGGAGAUAAGGAGACGGUUCUACGCCUCCUGCAGGACAUCCAAUUGGUCACCCUUCCAGAGCCCAGCAGCUCUUCCCUUUGGUCAGACCACAGCCAAUCACAGAGCCCCAUGCUUGUGAUCAGUGACGUGACUACGAUGUCAAAUCCGGAUGCAGCCAGUGAUUCAGGCACGAUUUCAGGCUUCCCCACCUCCUCCCUGAUCUCCUUCCCGUCCCCCAGCUCUCAUCCAUCUGAAAAGUACGAUUUCAUGCCUGGAACUGAGAAGCUGCUGAGUAACCCAAACGCCACGCAGAACAGUCCGUGGUACUUUUUUGGGUUUGAGCCUGACCCAACCGGUCGGCCUCUGGACCGGAGCACUGUGGUGUGUAAGCUGUGUGGGGAUAAUGUGGGCUGUGGAGGAGGAGCAGUGGAUCUCCAAAACCAUCUGACCAACAGGCACCACAUCAGACCACGUGACAUUAACAAGGAUCGAAUAGGUCAACAACGCUCACAGCCAAUGAUGGUUAACAGUGGUCUGGUUAGUACACUCCCCCUGGUACUGUCUGCUCAUGUGACCGAUGCCAUCGCCAACUUUCUCAUCAUGGACCUCCAGCCCCCUGCUCUGGUAGAAGGGGAAGGCUUCAAACAGCUGAUCCACACCCUCCUGCCCUCCUACAAGGAGCUGCCUUCACCUUGUCAGCUUGAGAACCUCCUGAAAGAAAACCAUACCAAAGGCAAGACGAGCCUGGCUCAGCUGCUGAGAAGGAAAAUGGGAAGCAGAGAAAAUGAAGAGAUAUCUGACUACACUGCUCCCAUCGAGUUUGAGUCAAGGAGACGUGGGCGACCUCCUAACCAUUGGAGGGAAGUUCCUCACUUUGUCACUUUAAGUGUGGAUGUUUGGUUCCACAACUGGCAGGGCAACACUGAGAGGUACCUCACCCUCUGGGCACAUUACAUAGACUGUGACUUUAAUUUUCAGAACCUGGCCCUGGCAACCCAAAGACUGACAGAGAGUGGGGUGAAAGAUCACAGCCUUCGAGCACUGGAGGCUCAGGUGAAAGUGAUGGCCCAGGAGUGGGGAAUCUCACAGCCUAAUAUGGUCUUGCUGGGAGGGGAGGGAAGGAACAAGAUGAGGCCAGGGCCGAUUAAGUGUGACAAAAGUGGAGAGGCUGCGGGAAGCGUUCCUCACCCGAACUCCACGACAUUUCUUGAGAGGGACGACUCUGUGUCGCCUGAGGAACCACAUGGCUCAGAGCACGGCCAUUCUAGUGAAGGUCUUCCAUCCGUGCCAUGUUUCUUCAGCGCUGUUCAAGGCUGCAUUGAGGAAGUGAUGUCACAUCCUGUCAUCUCCAAGACCCUAAGCCAAUUCCAGAGUAUUCUGUCAACCCUGUUCUUGCCUCCUGCUCAAAACAAAAGCUUGUAUCAGUACCACACCCACAGUCUGUUGAAGACCCUGACGAAACAAGAACAGGCAGAGCUGAAGUCAUGGGCUCAUAGCCGGCCAACUUGGAAUAAGCUGUACCCUUUACUGAGCACCCUCAUCAAACAUAAAAGCUUUCUUUGUGAUAUGAUGAGAGAGAUUAAAGGUGAGGGUUUGUCUAAAGAAGACACUUCUUCAGAAUCCAGUUCAUCUGGCAGCUGCCACGCAAACUCCACGUCCACCACGUCUCCAACAAGCGCUACAACCUUGCGAUCUGAAUGGAAGGUUCUGGAGGAACUGUGUUCGGUCCUCAAACCUCUGGACGUGGCAUGUCGAACUCUCGCCAAAGAGGCAUUCCCCCGUCUGUCCCUCAUCAAACCCAUUCUCACCGGCCUGCUCUCUCGCCACCUCAUGUCGCGGCCAGGAGAUUCGUCUUCCACCCUGAAGGAAGUGAAGAGGAUGAUGAGGCGGAACUUGGCAAGCUGUUACGACAACCCUGUUGUCAACAGGGUUCUGUGUGUUGUAUGUUCCCUCGACCCCCAGUUUCACGGGCUGGGGUUCAUGGAGGAGAAGGAGCAGACAGCCACUUUUGACUGGUUGAAGAAAGAGGCUGUUAGGAUUGUGAAGGAGGACAGGAGGAGAAGCCAAGGUAAGAAGUAUCGCCAGAGCAAGAGAAGCCCCUCACCUGGUUCUCCUGAGUCAGAGAGUGACCUCCUGCGGAGGAGCAAGCGCCUCAAAGAAUCCCGUCCAAUCAACUUCAGAGAGUUUGUCAGCGAAGAGGAAGAGAGCGAUACAGGUGACGCAGAUGAGAGCGAGUUGGUGGAUCCUGUCUCUCAGGGUGGGCUCUCUGGUAUGGAGUUCCUCCUGGGAGACCUGUUCUGCUCCACCCCCAGGAGCAGGCAGAACUCUGUGGAGGAGUCUAUAGACAUGGAGAUGUCCGUCUUCAGAGCUGACAAGGGGACUUCUCUGGGAGUGGAGCCCUUGCAGUGGUGGAGGACGAAGGCAGUGCAGUUUCCACUGUUGGCCACAGUGGCACGGGCCUACCUGGCUGCCCCGGCGGUGGCAGGUAAUGCUGCACAGGACUUUGUGGAGGAAGGUGCGGGGGUCACGUACAGAAAGAGAGCCUACAUUCCACCAGAAAGUUUGGAUUCGAUCUUGUUCCUGCACCACAACCACAUGCCCACCACUGAGAGUGGGCGAACAGCAGUGGCACAUAAUUAGCCUUUUGAGAAAAAAAAUGGGCAACAGCACAAUAUCCCCAUGAGGACACAAACAGAUGCUGAGUUUGGAUGCAGUACACACAGAGGUGUUAAGUGAAGUGUAAUUAAUUUUUUGGGAUCAAAGCUUGAGCCUGAAGAGAACAAAGACAAAGUGAAAGAAAAUCGGUUUGUACUGUGUAUAGUUUGGACUGUUAUCCUUCUGAUCUACGGUUAACUUUGCUGUGUGCAUUAAGUACCUUUUAGCGCCUAGUGCCUUACCUCCUUUGGAUACAAUCACACAGUAGAUUGGUAGGUAUUCCUAAUUUUUAUUUUUGAUCCUUAAUGCUCAUUUUUAACGAAUGUAUGCAACUGUGAUUACAAGUUUGUGGAUUGUCUACUACUACCUUUGCUUAUGCACCACGUGUUUUAUGUUAUUAACAGUGUUGGGCAGUAACUCAUUACUAGUAAUAAUAUUACUUUUCCCAGUAACUGGUAGUGUAACUAAUUACUAAUACAUUUCAGUAAUAAUAUUAGUUACUCCUCCAAAAAAUAAUUAGUUACAA